AUGGCGGACGAUGUUUUGCCCUAUAUGCCAGGGCAAACGUUCCUUGCCAAAAAAUCCCCUGCAUGGAGCACGGGAGUGCAAAAGUCAGCUAGUGGACGGCGUCGUACCACGGCGUAUUACCCAGCUCCGUUUUGGACGUUUCAGAUCAACUACAACGCGGUACGCAAACGUCCCGGCCUGGAUGAAUGGUCGCGGCUGGUCGCGUUCUUCAAUCAGCGAAAAGGGCAGUUCGGGGACUUCCUGUAUUUCGAUAGGACCGAUCACCAAGUGACCAAGCAUCGCUUCGGCUUUGGCGACGGAGUUACCCGAACGUUUCAGCUGUCGCGGGCCAUCGAGGGGUGGGUAGAACCCGUUUAUGGCGUGGUCAACAUAGACCUGUUGACGGUCGCUGGGGUGCCCGUGACCGCUUACAGCGUCGAUGCUCUUGGCAAAAUCACCUUUGCUAAGGCCCCUGCCAUGGGCUUGGCGCUUGAAUGGACCGGCGCGUUCUUUUUUCGCUGUGCAUACGACUCAGAUUCGCUGGACGGCGCGCAGCCUCCCGAGUUGAGGCAGUUUCUGGCCACGGCCCGAAGCUUUGUGAUGGCCGAUCUAUACACCAUCACCCUGGCGAGUGGGCAGGUGCUGCGAUACACCGAUGCCGGCGUGCAGUUAUUCGCUGAUGGUGUGAAUUACUCGGCGUCAGGGCCACUACUAAAGCGUACCGGGAUCCGGACGGUGCGAGGGGUAGAGGUCGAUACCCUGAGCGUUACCCUUUACGCCGGAAUCGAGGAUACGCUGCUGGGUGAGCCUAUUCUGGCAUUCAUCGCCGGAGGGGGCUUUGAUGGCGCUUCCUUGUCGCUAUCCCGGGCGUUCAUGCUCGAUUGGACUGCGCCUGUGAUCGGCACUGUACUGCGCUUCAUUGGGCGAGUGGCCGAAGUGGAUCCUGCCGACCGCGAGCAGGCGACGUUUUCGGUCAAAUCGCCGAUGGAGCUGCUUGAUACCAAGGUGCCUAAAGGGGUCUAUCAGCCAGGAUGCCUGCGUACUGUUUAUAGCGACGAUUGCGGUGUGAAUCGCUCAUUGUUCGAAACUGCGGGUUCGGUGCUGGAGUCCACGAGCGGCCUUCGUAUUCGCACCAACAUCGGCGCGCAAAAUGGGUGGUUUGAUCAGGGCGUAAUCCGCUUUGUGAACGGCGGUAAUGCUGGUGUUUCGCGCACUGUUCGUCGCCAAACGGCCGACGGUGCCGUCACUCUGAUUCUCGGCCUGCCGGCAGAGCUGCAAGUGGGCGAUCAGUUCCUUAUUUACCCCGGCUGCCCGCGCACACUCGACGCCUGCACCAACAAGUUUGGCAACCGAGGACGUUAUCGCGGCAUGCCCUUUAUCCCCCAGCGCGAAGCGGUGAUUGCCGAGGCCCGACGUUGGCUCAAGACACCCUACGAGCACCGCCAGCAUCUGCUGGGCGUAGGCGUGGACUGUGCCUGGUUGCUUAUUGAGGUUUACCACUCGGUUGGUCUCUUGCCUUGGAUCGAUCCCGGUGCCUACGCGCAGGAUUGGCAUUUGCACCGCAGCAAGGAGCUUUACCUGUCCUGGCUAGAAGAGUACGGGCACCAGGUCGAAUCCCCGCAACCCGGAGAUGUCGCCAUCUGGCAGUUCGGCCGCACCUACAGCCAUGGCGCUGUGGUCAUCGAUGAGCACCGGGUCAUUCAUUCGUUUCUAGCUAUCGGCGUCGAAGUCGCCGAUAUGCGCGAAGAGCGCCUGGCCAGUAGACCAGUGCGUUAUUACACACUCGACAGUUUUGGAGGCAGUGAUGGGGGAGGUGGCGGUAGUUCAAUUUCCAACAGUGCGACCCGUAUUAACGCGCUGCAGAUCCAGAGCAGCGCCAGCGGCAAACCCAUCGCCUGGAUUGCCGGUCGUAACCGAAUCAGUCCCAACCUGAUCUAUUACACCGAUUUUGAAGCGGUUGCCAAAACCACCAAGACCAAAACCGGUGGCAAGGGCGGCGGUGGCGCAACGCAGAAAGACACGACCUAUACCUACUACGCCGCGAUCAUCCUCGGUAUUGGCCGGGGAAAGCUUAGCGCGGUGCGUCGGAUUUUUCGUGACAAAGAAGUCUUUGCCGACAAGGUGGUCGAUGGCGUUCCGCAGUCGGCGUUGGCACAGAUCGGUUUCAGCUUCAUGCCGGGCACCGCGGAUCAGCCGGUUUGGGGAUACCUUGAGACAAAGCACCCGACCGAGGCGAUCGCCUAUUCAGAUACGUCGUACGUUUACGCGGCACGCUAUCUGCUCAAUGACAACGCCGGCGUGCAGAACCACACCUUUGAGGUCGACGGUCCCUACCAGGUGCCCGGCUUGCCCGACGCCAAUCCCGGGCUCUUUCUGCCCGGGCUACUGCUGGAUCCGCUGGACGGCAUAGGCUUUGAUCCGCGUUGGAUUGAUGACCUGAGCAGUUACCGGGAUUACUGCUUGGCAGAGAAUCUGUUGCUCAGCCCGGUAUUGGAUGAGCAGGCCCCGUGUAGCGAAGCCAUCACGCGCUGGUUGCAACUGACCAACAGCGAGGUGAUCUGGUCAGCCGGCAAAAUGAAGGUGAUCCCAUUCGGUGAUCAGGUGGUCACCGGCAACGGUGUGACUUGGUACCCGAAUGUCACGCCCGUGGCGCACCUCACGGAUGAUGAUUUUUUGGCGGAAGAGGGCGAGCCACCGGUACAGCUGAAGAUCAAAAGCCAGGCCGACAGCUACAACGAGGUGUCACUGGAGAUCCUCGACCGCGAUCAUGAGUACAACACCGACGUGGUGCGCGCACCGGAUCAGGCAGCCAUCGAGCAAUUCGGGUCCAAGCCUAUGGACACCAUCAAGGCGUACGAGAUCUGCGAUACGGCCAUUGCGUCGCACUCGGCGCAGUUGCUGGUGCAGCGCAAGCUGUACAUCCGCAACGAGUACCAGUUUUCCCUCGGCUGGCAACAUGUGCUGCUGGAACCAAUGGACCUGGUCACGAUCACAGAGCCGGCGUUGAAGCUUAACCGCCGCCUGGUCCGAUUGAUCUCGGUCGAAGAGGAUGAAGACGGCAAGCUGGCGGUCGUGGCCGAGGAUGCGCUCCUGGGUACAGGCAGUGCACCGAAUUAUCCGGUACAGAGCAAGACGGGAUACCAAGGCAAUCAGAACGCGGCGCCGGGGCCUGUGUUGGCGCCGAUUAUCUUCAAUCCACCAGAAAGCCUGCUGUUGCCCGGUGAAACGCAGAUCUGGGGCGCGGUCGCCGGGGCCGAUGAGGCGUGGGGCGGCUGUGAUAUCUGGAUCAGCGCCGACGGUGAUAGCUAUCGAAUGGUUGAGACCGUCUAUGGUCGCUCGCGCAUUGGCAGGCUCACGGCGCCGUUGCCGGCGGGAGUUGAUCCGGAUAUCACCAACACCUUGUCGGUAAAGCUGUCAGUUGCCGAUCAACUUACUGCCGCGACCACUGCCGAGGCGGAUAGUGGUGCCACAUUGUGUUGGAUUGAUGGUGAGUUGAUCAGCUAUCGAGAUGCUUCCCUCACCGGGCCGGGCGCCUACAAUUUGCAGUACCUGCGUCGUGGGCGCCUGGGGUCGUCGGUUUCCAACCAUCCGGUGGACGCCCAGUUUGUGCGGCUUGAUGACGCGAUCUGGAAGUACAGCUAUACCACCGACCAAAUCGGCAAAACGGUGUGGGUGAAGUUCCGCUCGUUCAACGUGUUUGGCCGGGCGUCGGAGGACUUGGCUGAUGUGACGCCCUACAGCAUCACAUUGUCGCCAGUGCGAGUUGUACCAGGCGCUGCCCAGGGAUUGCAGCUAGUGGGCGCGUUCGAGGCACCUUACUUCACCGUUGGUUGGGCAGCUGGGGCACACGCCGCAGAUCGGCUGGUCAGAAUCCGCAACGCAGCCACGAACGCCUUGUUGCGUGAAGUUGCCACCACCGCCACCACGUUCACUUACCAGUUGGCAGAUGCCCUGGUCGAUGGACCGCUGGUACGCAGCUACCGGAUUGAAGUCAUUGAGCGCAACACGGCCGGCACCGCCCCUGUGUCCGCUCUGGUGGUGGUGAACACCGCGCCGCCGGCUGUCAGCGGUACAGCGGCGACUGUGAGCGGGACCACCGCGAAUGUCAGUUGUAAUACUAGUGCCGCAGCUGACAAGGCUGGCUACAUGUUCGUGUAUGCAACCACGGCGGGCUUCGAUCCCACGAUCACGGGCACCAUCGGUUAUCAGGGCGCCUCGGAGGCCGGCCAGAUCACAGGCUUGGCACCAGGAACAACUUAUUACUUGCGGGCAGCAGCGUUUGAUACCUGGAGCAGCUUCUUCGCCGCAAGGGCCGAAGACGGUGCUCUAUUGCCUAACGCUUAUGUGGAUGUGUUCGUCCAUGGGUCGCAGGCGCGGGCCGUCCUGUUUUCGAAUUCUGCUGGAACUGUUCCGCUUGAAAAUCCUUUUCAGGCAGACGCAAACGGCCGAGUUUUCUUCUAUUCAUCGACUGAUCGCAUUGAUAUUCGAAUCAGUCGUUACGGCUAUGUCGCACCGAUGUUGCUCGAUAUCUCGACCGUAGAUGUCGCAACGGCAGUUGAGCAGGUUCGCGGGGAAAUUGAUCAACUGCUCGUUCAAAUGAAAGCUGAGUUCGACCAAUUGUUGCUCGACGCCGGAUACGAGAGUGUCUUUUUAGCUUAUGCCGCGGGAGCCGUCGUUGAGCGGCCUCGCCAGUUGGUUCAGCGAUCUGGGGAACUCUUCCGGGUUAAAGAUCAGAACGAAUUGCCGCUUACGCUCACAGGAGCCUGGGCUACUGAUGAGCCAAAACUGAUGCCCGUCGGGGAUGCAUCUCUUCGCCAAGGCUUGGCCUCUCUAGAUGGGACCUCGUUAAUUCGUGAGCCGGACGGUGCAACGCUCAAAACUGGAAUGGCAGCUAUUCGGGCUGCAAUUAACCGGUUGCAAGCAGGAUCAGCUACGUCGCAGAACAAUAUAAACCAACGUGUGGAUAUGCAUUACGGAGUCCUGCGCGGCGUAGGAUUUAAAAAAACUGAAAGAGUGAUCGCAUGGGCUCCGUCCGACGGCUACACCACACAGUUAGCGGUGACAAUUGGAGGCGUUAAUAGUCCCGAAUAUGAAAACCCAGGUUCUAAUGCACGACCUGCGCUUGGUAUCACUGCAGGCGCUAACUUGGCGGGAGUUGUUACAUUACCCUUUGACAUCGCCGGUGGGAAUUACGUCGCCCGAGUCACUCUUACGCCAGCAUUGUCUGGUUCGAUCGAUCCAGCUGUAGCGGCCUCGAUAGCGAUCAGAGAAACAGUUGCGGGAGUUGGGUCCCCGACGAUAGCUGCAGCGACGGUAACGGGUGUCCGCCCGACCUGCGUUGAAAUUGCAUUUUGCAAGCGCCCGAACUCCACUGUUCAAGUUGUUAUUACGGGCGCCUCAAGCGGUCAUCAGAUUGCGUUGUCGAAAAUCGAGAUUGUUAGAGUCAAUUCCAGUGUCAGGUCGCUCGAUAAGGGAGUUCAUGUCUGGCUUGGCGAUUCGUGGUUCCCGAUGAUUACUCGACUGCAGGAGCGGCUACCGAAUGCGACCUUUAUAAAUGCUGGUGUAGGCGGGAACAGAUCUGACCAACUGCGGGAUCGCUUUGCCGCCGAUGUGGCACCAUACAAGCCGGUUUGUGUGUGGGCGGUCGCUGGCACAAAUGAUAUUGCCCAGAGUGUCGAUCCAGAGGUAUACGCUUACAAUAUGGCGAUCGUGUCGAGCAUGAUUAGUGAGGUCGGUGCGGACGGUAUCUUCUUCAAUGUGUCCGUCGGUGCCAAGGCGCAUCCUACUCUUGGUGAUUUGUUAACCCGCUCUCGGAACUACGCCGAUAAAGUCGCCUAUCUGUCCGAAUCAGCAGAUCGAAAAGUUGGGUUCGCCAGUCGUGUCCAUAUUCCUAUCGCGUUGUCAGUUCCUGCCGGGGCUACGCGGCGGGUAGGUGUCUUGCCUGGAACUACCACGCUCGGCGCGACCAUCAAUAAACUUUAUGUAAUUGGUCAAAGUGGCUCUACGACUGGGAAUAUCCGAUUUGGCUUUGGUGGUUCUGCUGGGGCUGCGAUAAGCGAGGAUCUUCAGAGUGUUGCGUUGUCAACGUCGAUCCGUCAGAACAUCGCUGUUACAAAGUCGACAGUCGCUGAAAGAUUUAUGUUGGUUGAGGUCGAAAAUCCAAGUGGGGCUGCAAUUGAUGUUGUAGGGUUUGUAAUCGUCACUUGGACGCCGUUG